UCACUUAUAUACAGUUGGUAGCAUUGAAUAAAAAAUUAGACAUAUUUUUCUUCUCAUAGAUAACUUGGGACGUCGAAGAUUAUUUCAUUAAAAAUAAUUUAAAAUCAAAAUGUUGUCACGGGCUAGCGUCUUCCAAGUUCGCAAACCGCUCAAUCAAUUAAUUCGAGCAACCAGCACAACAUCGUCGACCUCAUCGGCUGCUGCUGCUGCAUCAACACCAACUGAAGUUGGUUACCAACGUCCAGUUCGUGGAAUCGAAGCAGCCCCCGUUCGCUAUGGAUUCAUCCCAGAGGAAUGGUUCCAAUUCUUCUACAAAAAAACUGGUGUGUCUGGUCCAUACGUUUUCGGUGCAUCAUUGUUCACCUACUUGGCAUCGAAAGAAAUCUAUGUCAUGGAACACGAAUACUAUGCCGGUAUAUCAUUUUUCGCCCUUUUGAUCAUCGGUAUCAAGAAAUUCGGUCCAGCUGUCAAAAAAUCAUUGGACGCAGAAGUCGAUCAAUACGAAGCCGAUUGGGAACAGGGUCGCAGAGAUGACAUUGCCGCCAAUGAAGAAGCAAUCGAAAGCGAAAAGAAAGAACAAUGGCGUGCUGAUGGUCAAUUGUUGUUGAACGAUGCCCAAAAAGAAAAUGUUGCAUUGCAAUUGGAAGCCGCUUACCGUGAACGAUUGGCAAAUGUGUUCAAUGAAGUGAAACGCCGUUUGGACUACCAAGUUGACAUUCAAUUGGUUGAACGUCGUGUUAAACAAAAGCACUUGGUUAAUUGGGUUACAAACAAAGUACUUGGCAGCAUUACACCCGAUCAAGACAAAGAAACUUUGUCCAAAUGCAUUGCUGAUUUAAACGCAUUGGCUCCAAAAUAAACGAAAAAAUUAAAUCAAUAGCAAGAAAAAAAACACACUGAGAAAUCUUUACUGUAUAAAACUUUCCGAAAUAGAAUUUCAUCAUAACGAAUUGUUUGAUCAAUGGUUCUUA